AAUGAAGCAAGAAAAAACUAAAAUUAAGUAAAAAGAUUAAAGAGAUGAAAUAUUACCUAUAAAUAAGAUAAUCUAAAAAUGUGAAUAGACAUUAGGUAAUUAUUAUACCUAUUAAAAGAAAUCACUUAGUUUGAACAACAAGAAUUAAAAAAAAUGUUUUCUAUUGUUUCUGACAAAAUGCAUUAAGUUAAUUCAAAAAUUUAAACUUUUGAUAGAGAAGAAAGACUCUUGAGAAGAGAAAAUGAUGAAUGGGAAUUCUAUUUGAAAGAGAAAACAGCACUUAUAAAAUAGCUAACAUUAUUAAUUGAUUUAAUUAGUGGCAAAGAUCAUUCAUUUGAAAUUGAUAUAUCUACCAAUCCUGUUUAUAAAGAAAUUCAAACUUUUUCUUUACAUAAAAAAUAAUAAGGAGAAGAUCUAUUAAAAACUAUAUAGAAUGAUGAAACAUCAAUUAUUAAGCUUUAAGCUUAAUUAUAAGAAAUAGAAGAAGAAACAAAACUUUUAAGAUAAUCAGGAGCUUUUUGGAAUUGUGUUCGUUGUAAUAUCACAUUAAAAGAGGGCUUUAAUGAAGAAGUAUUUAAAAAUUUUAUAUAAGACAUGCAUAUUUCAUCCCGGUAAACUCAAGUAUUUUUCUUGCAGAACUUGUGGAGGUGAUGAAUACUUUACAUGCUGUAAUUAGUGUAGAGAUUGCAAUCCUGGUUGUAAAAAAGGCUUGCAUAAACCUUGA